AUGCGCCCACGCGUGGGCUUCGAUGUGUCAGCUGCACCAAGCUCCGAAUUCAAAGCUUCUUGGUUUUGCCCCCCCAAAACAGUAAAGUUGGUCUGUGUUGCGAUUGUCUCGGGAGGUUUAAGGGCUGCCACUUUUGCCCCAGAAGGAGCGGUGAGUCCGGGUUACGAGCGGGAUACAAUGGGGACCUUUGGGCACCCCUCACAACUGCCAAUAAUAACCACAGAUCUCAGGAUCGUACGAGUAAGCACUGUGUCCUACGUUCCUACAGUAGACCUGCAACUAGAGACCCGGCGAGACCGAGCCCGACCGCAGCCAUGA